AUGAAGUUACAUUAUGAUAAUGUGAGAAAUUUCUAUCCAAAUCAAGGUCAAGUAAAAAUAACUCCUUCAAGUUGUAUUUUACAACAAGCCAUGGAUUUUAGUGGUGUAGAUAUUAAAACUGAACCGAUUUUAGAUGAGGAUGUUUUCAUCAAUUCUACUGUUAAGUCACCAAAUAGUGACGAUGAGAAAUCCCGUGAUAGUGAUUCACCAAAUAGUUACAGAGGAUAUUCACCUUACAGUGAUGAUGCUAGUUUACAGUAUGGUGAUGAUAAUGUCCAUUCACCAACUGAGCCUAUCAAAUCACCAAGUACUGUUACAGAAUUCUUAGAUUUAUUUGAUUCUUUAAAGGACUGUGACCAAUAUUAUAAAAAUGAUACCAAUCUGUCGAAUAGUGAAAGUAAUAUUGACAAUGAUUGGUGGGAGAAAGCCUUUAAUUUAGAAGAUUUGAAUAAAGAAAGUGAAGUUUUAGAGAAAUCAGAUAUAAACCAGUUUUCCAGUUAUAAUAAUAAUAAUAUUUAUAAUGUAAACAAUAAUGAAGAUAAUUUAUUUAAUAUAUUUGAUAUUUAA